AUGGCGGAUGUUUGGGUUUCAACUGGUAAACGAUUCUGCGAAAUUUGCAAAGUUUGGUUUGGCAACAAUAAAAUCUCGCAAGAUCAUCAUGAACGAGGAGAACGACACAAAGCAAUGCUCCAACAAAAAAUUCGCGAAACUAUGCAAAAAGGCAAAAGACAAGAAAUCGCUGAUGCAAAACUAAGUGCAACUCUAGCAAGAAUGGAAUCUGCAGCAACUUCUUCAAUGGCUGCGAAAGGUGAAGGUGUUAUGAUGGGACCAAGUGUACCAGCAACUGGUUUGAGAAUGAAUAUCUUCGAUCCAAAACAACAUAAAGACGUUGGUUCAAUGGCAAGAGAAAUGGCAUCGAGAAGAGAAGGAAAUCUGAAACGAAAAGGAUUGAGUGGCGCAGAAUGUCCAACCCAAGCACCAUCACUUAAAGUCACAAAAGAUGAUGUUGUCUCGGCAUAUCGCGAUCUCACAGCUCCAAGUGCACACGGUCCAGCACUUCCCGAAAAUCUUGCUGUUAACUAUUUACCAGAUCAACAAGUUCAAUGUGGCGAAAUAAAAUGGGUGAGAGCAAAAUCGGAAAGAGGAACAUAUUAUUGGAAUAUCUUCGAUCAAUGUAAGUCUCAAACUGGGGAAAAAUAUUAUUUCAAAUAUUUCAGCAACUCGAUGGGAUCAACCUUCAUUUUUCUAUACCGAACAAGAAUAUGAAGAGAAAUGCAGAGAAUUUGAAGAAAAUCGAGCGAAAAAUUAUUAUGGUUUAGAUGAUGUUACAGCAGUUCGUCAAGGAAAACAAGGUAAAAAGUUUAUUGAAAAAAUUUAUCAAGAAUUAUUUUUAUUUCAGAAGUCGAAGCUUAUAUCAAAGAAAUGGUGUCUGCAAGUGGAUUGAACAAUGAAAUUGAGAAAAACCGAAAAGAACUUAAUAUUGUGGAUAAACCUGAUAAAAAGACAAAAGCAGAAAGACGGAGACAAUGGGAGGAGAGGAAAAAACAGCGAGAAGAAGCUAGAGCAAGAGGAGAAGAUUUCGAGAAAAAAUAUGAGGAAGAAGAUAUUGAUGAGAUACCAUUACCAAAAACAGAACAGGAGGUAGUUUCUGAAGAAUUUGAAGAAUUUGCUCCUCCACCACCACCGGUUUUUGAAGAAGAAGAAGUUGAGGAAAAAUAUGAAGUUCAACAGAGGCAAGAGGAACCAGAGCCAGAAAGUUCAAGUGCAGCUCCAUAUGGAGCAUGGGUUAGGAUUAAGAAGGAGGAUAAACCGUAAGUUUAUGUUGACAAAAAAAGACAAAAUUAUUUCACGAUGUUAAAUUGUUUUUAAAAAUUAAGAAACCUUUUAUUCGAAAGCUCUUGAAAUAUUUUUAAAAAAAUUUCAAAGUUCGAAAAAACAGUUUACACCGUGUGAAAUGGCUUAAAAGUUCAUAGAGCUGUAUUACUUUGGUAAUUCCGAUUUUUAUAAAAAAUUUGUCGAAAGAUGUUAUUUAUUAAAAAAUUAAAUUCGGGAAUUUCUGAUUGUAAAUAAGUAUUCGGACAUCACGUGAUUUUCAUCGAGUAAUUCCCGAAAUAAAAUCAUCAAGUCUCAAAAAAAUGAUUUUCCAGUGAAAUUCCAUUCGAAUCGCCAUUAACUGCUCGAUUCCGCGAAGAAGAGGAAAAAGCGAAAGAGGAAGAAGAAUGGCGCGAAAAAGAGGAGCCAAAAAUUGAAUUCGGCGAAAAAACGGCGACAACAAUGACGAAAAAAGUGAAAGGACCAAUUGAGUUCAAGAAAAAAACAACGACUCGAAAUAUUCGAAAACGGGAGGAGAAUUAA